GAAAGCCUCAUCCUCUGAGUUGCUGUCAUAUCGUUUGACAACGGCAAAAGAAAAGAAAAACAUUAAGUUGGACACGCCCUCCUCCAGUUACUGACCUUCUUAUCUAAGGAGAAGCUUAAAGAUAUGGUAUUUAAUCCCCUGGCUUGUUAUCCUUCCUCGCUAGCUGAUGGACGAUCUAUAGAAACGCCUGAACGGCGGGGAAAAAAGAGCAACCGAGGUCGGUGCGUGUCGAGGCGGUGCGUGUCUCGGGCGUUCCUGUCUAAAGUUUUCUUCUUCUCUGCAUGUGACCUCGCUUUACUUCGCAAGAUCCAAUCCGCGACCUUUUCCAAUUCGAAUUUUGGUCUAUUUAAGGCCUCUCAAUCUAAUGUCAAAGGAACGAACUUCGCAUCGUCAAAAAUCCCGAGAAAACCGGAGGCUCUCUAGAAUCUGGAUCGACACCAAAUGACCCUCUUUUCUUGAUCAGCCGCUCUUCAUCGGAGAAGACGGGAAGGGACAGGAGCUCAAAUCUGGAACUUCAGAUUGAGAGAUCGAAUCCACGUCACACCAGAAGGAAGACAUGGUGAAGCAACAAAGAGCCCAGGAAGCCGAGGAAUUACACUAUGCGGAGAAGGAGACAAGGGAUGAAGACAGAGAGGAAAUAGCGAAAGAUGAAGAGAGGGUUUUGAACAAGGAGAAGAAAGAAUGUCAUGACGAAUCAGGGGACAAACUGGAGGAGCAUGAAGAGACCAAGAAAGAAGAGAGAAGCAAGGAAAUAGUAGACGGAAAGGAGCAGGGAAAGGAAGAGAUAAAGAAAAAGGACAAGAAGAAGAAGAAGAAGAAGAAGAACAAACCCAAAACUGCUGAGGAAGAAGAGGACAUGUACAAGGACAUCGGCCAGCUGAAGCAAAAGCUUGAGAAGAUCGACGGCAAGAUCGAAGCUCUUCUGGAGAAGAAAGCAUUUUUCUCCCGGAAACUAAAGGAGGCCGAGGCCGGGAACAGCGAGACGUCCGAGAAGCCUACCCUGAAAGAAGUUGCUGCAGCUGAUGGAGCCAUAGUGCCUCCCCCGUAGAUGUUUUCCGACAUUAGCUUCGGUCGACCAUGUUUGGUCACGAACUCAUAAUGCAGUGUGCCUAGGAUGCUUCUUCUCUUUGGUGCCGCAGCCAUUUUUGUCUCAUCAAUCUCGUGGACAACUUCAGGACAAGAGUUGAUGCAUGAUGUACUACUUCGUUGUACGUAGUUGGUGCAUGGAGGUUACUCUCGUGCGCACCCAUUCUGUU